AUGUCAACUCCACUUAUGACAGUGUUCCCCACCAUACUUGAGCAGAAAACUGGGUUUCGUGGAUUUUUUUGGAAGGCAGCCAGAAUAGGUGAGCGUUUGAGUCCGUGGGUGGCUGUAGGAUGCUUCACGAUGGGUGUAUCUAUCAUAUUUUUCUGAGUAUCAAUUCUUUGUGCCUUGAGGAAGCUCCAGUUAUUUUGUUUGGUAGAUUUCAUCCUUGAUCAUUUUACUUGUAGUGCUGCCAAUUGAUUGUUUCUGUAUUCUGCUGGGAUGGGGAAAAAAGAUCAUUCGACUUAAAUGAUGGAUUGUACUUGAAGAUUUAUUGUGUUCUGGAUUGCAUAUGAAUUGGCUUGUUGAACAAAGAAUAGCUUAAGGAGUAUAUUAGCAGAAUAUGAGAUUUUUGAAUUA